AUGUUCGCGUCAGGACUAUGGAUGCCGAACUGGAGCUCGCAAUCCAGUCGAACACCACCGGCAAGCAAUUAUUCGAUCAGAUUGUCCAAAACGAUUGGUCUUCGUGAAAUAUGGUAUUUUGGACUUCAGUACACCGACACGAAAGGAUUCCCAACAUGGUUGAAGUUGAACAAGAAAGUGCUCUCACAAGACGUCAAAAAGGAUUCCACACUUAUGUUCAAAUUCCGUGCCAAGUUUUAUCCUGAAGAUGUCGGAGAGGAGAUCAUACAGGACGUCACAAUGCGCUUGUUCUACUUGCAAGUGAAAGAUGCGAUCCUAUCCGACGAAGUGUAUUGCUCGCCCGAGACUUCAGUACUGUUAGCUUCAUUUGCGAUGCAAGCGAAGUACGGUGACUACCAACCAGAAACCCACAAACCUGGUUGUCUCACUGCGGAUAGGCUCCUUCCUCAACGAGUAGCUGGACAAUUCAAGAUGAGCUCUGACGAAUGGGAAAAGCGAAUCAUGACCUGGUGGGCAGAUCACAAAGGAACCAGUCGCGAACAAGCCAUGGCUGAAUACCUGAAACUAGCACAGGACCUCGAAAUGUAUGGUGUCAAUUAUUUCGAAAUACGCAACAAGAAGGGAACGGAGCUGUAUCUCGGUGUAGAUGCUCUAGGACUCAAUAUUUACGAAAAAUCGGAUAAGCUGACUCCAAAGGUUGGAUUCCCAUGGUCCGAGAUCCGCAAUAUCUCGUUCAACGACAAAAAUUCGUCAUCAAGCCAAUCGACAGAAAGGCAAAUGAUUUUCGUGUUUUACGCUCCACGACUACGCAUUAACAAACGUAUUCUUGCACUGUGUAUGGGCAACCACGAAUUGUACAUGCGUCGUCGCAAGCCCGAUACUAUUGAGGUGCAACAAAUGAAACAGCAAGCCCGCGAGGAACGAGCUUUGAAGCAGGCUGAGCAGGAUAGAUUAAAUAAGGAAAUGUCUGCUCGCGAGCAAGCCGAAGCACGUCAGCGUGAAGCUGAAGAUCGUAUGCGACGUAUGGCUGAGGAUAUGGAACGUGCUAAGAGAGAUCUCCUCGAGGCGCAGAACACCAUUCACAACCUCGAAAUGCAGCUCAGACAGUUGCAGCUGGCGAAGGAGGCUCUUGAGAAUAAGGAGAUCGAGCUCCGUGAGCUCACCGCUCAGUUGCAGUCCGAAAAGAUGAUGAGUGAUGAAGAACGGCGAAGGCUUCGCGAGGAAGUUGCCAUCCGUGAAGGCGAGGUCCAUGCCAUGCGCACGGAAGUACAACGUCAAACAGAAGUCACCCAUCGUCUUCAGGACGAAAUUGAGUCGGCGAGACGUGAAUCCGUCAUGAAGCACACUUCGGUCAUUAAUCAUCACACUCACGUCCAACAUACAAUGCUUACUCGUGAGGAAAACCACACCGAUGAGGAUGAAAAUGGCAUUACUGAGCUCACCAAUGAUGCUGAUCAACACGUGCCACAGCGAGAGUUGGAGCGAGUAACGGCUACUGAGCAGAACCAGAGCAUAAAGUCCAAGCUUGAGAUGCUCACACGUGAGCUGGAGGUGGUCAAAGAUGAACGCGCUGUGACCGAUUACGAUGUGCUGCACAUGGAGAACAAGCGGGCAGGUCGAGACAAAUACAAGACGUUGCGUCAAAUUCGUGGCGGAAACACGAAACGAAGAAUCGAUCAAUACGAAAACAUGUAA